GAAGAUGGCGGAGCAAAGCACGGUUCCAAGCGAUCUGUACCAACAUGUUUACUCGUUUCUCUUGGAGAACAAUUUUACGAAGGCCGCGGAGCAGUUUUCAAAGAAGGCCAAAGUGACGGCCGUGGACCAGAAUGAGCAGAGUCUCUUGGAUAUCUUCAAUUUCUGGGUGAAGUCUCCCGAAGCAAAGAAGCGCAAGGCGCAGACUAAAACACCAGCAGCCAAUGGCCCCUCUGCCAAAAAGGCCAGGAAGGAAGAAGAGAGUUCCAGCAGUGAGGAGGAGGCAGAGCCGGCUGUUAAAACCGCACCUGCAGUUCCCAAAGCUCCAGCUCCAGCUAAGAAACCUGCUGCCAAGCAGGAGUCCAGCAGCAGCAGUGAGGACUCGAGUGACUCUGAAGAUGAGGCUGCAAGCAAGACCCCAGCAAAGGUGAGGCUGAAGAUGAUGGCUCCAGCAAAGCCCGCUGCAGCGGCCAGGAAGGACGACACCAGCUCCAGCAGCGAAGAGUCUGAUUCCGAAGAUGAGGGGGCAGCGAAGACCCCUGCUGCAGCUGUGAAGGCUGCCCCGAAAGCCGCUGCCCCGAAAGCCGCCGCCCCCCAGAAGAAGCAGGAAAGCAGCAGCAGCAGCGACAGCUCAAGUGACUCAGAGGACGAGGAGCCAGCCAAGAAACCAGUUAAACCGUCCGCCCCAGUCAAGACCCCCCCUGCCAAGGCGGCAGCAGCAGCAGAAUCCAGCAGUGAUGAUGACUCUUCGUCAGAGGAAGAAGAGGAGGCCCCUCCCACCAAGAAGCCCAAACCGGGGCCAUACAGUGCGGUUCCACCCCCACCCGCAGUGCAGAAGGCUUCCGUUCCAGCAAAGGUCAGCAAAGCAGAGAGCAGUGAUUCCUCGGACAGCAGUGAAGAUGAAGAUGAGGAUGAAAAGAAGGUGGCUGCUAAGCCUGCCCCAGUCAAAGCUGCCCCAGCCAAACCUGCCACCCUCAAACCUGUAGCCAAAAAGGCCGAGUCCAGUUCUGACAGCUCUGACUCCAGCUCAGAGGAAGAGGAGGAGGAGGAGCCAGCAGCAAAGGCAACUGCGGCAGCAAAGGCAACUGCGGCCGCAAAGAAGACACCCCCCGCCAAGGCCGCACCUGUCAAGAAAGGUGGCGACUCUUCAUCCAGCUCAGAUUCUGACAGCUCAGAGGACGAAACUCCUGCUAAACCCGCCCCCACCCCUGCCUCCACUCCCGCUGCUCCCAAAACCUCUACAGCCAAGGCAUCCUCCAGCAGCUCUGACUCAGACAGCUCUUCAUCAGACGAAGAUGAGGGACCACCCCAAAAAAAGCCGACUCCAGCCAAGCCUGCAGUCACCCCAGCCAAGGCAGCGGCCAAACCCGCCACCCCGGUGAUCAAGCCGGCCGCGGCGGCUGAGAGCAGCUCCGACUCAGACAGUGACAGCUCCGACUCUGAGGAUGAGGCCGCCAGCGCCAAGGCAGCAAAACCUGUGGCUAAGAGCACCCCUGCCAAGGCCACGCCCCCUGCCAAGGCCGCACCUCCAGCAGCUGAGUCCAGUAGCAGCGAGUCAGACAGCUCCAGCGAGGAAGAGGAAGAGGAGAAGGGUAAAAAGGCAGUAGCAACCCCCAAACAGACUGCAGCGAAGGCAGCCACGCCUGCUAAAGCCACGCCCGCUAAGGCCACACCCGCUCAGAAAGAGGAAGACAGCAGCAGCUCAGAUUCCUCUGACAGCUCAGACUCAGAGUCAGAGACAGAGUCAAAGAAAACACCGGCCAAGCCCGCAGUGGCCAACAGUACGGCAGCUACCCCUGCUAAACCCACUCCCUCAAAAGCCACGCCCGCUAAAGCCACGCCCGCUAAAGCCACGCCCGCUAAAGCCACGCCCGCUAAAGCCACGCCUGCUAAAGCCACACCUGCUCAGAAACAGGAUGACAGUAGCAGCUCAGAUUCCUCUGACAGCUCAGACUCGGAGUCAGAGACAGAGUCAAAGAAAACACCCGCCAAGCCCAAAGUGGCCAACGGUACAGCAGCUACCCCUGCUAAAACCACGCCCGCAAAAGCCACACCUGCUAAAUCCACACCUGCUAAAACCACACCAGCUCAGAAACAGGAAGACAGCAGCAGCUCGGACUCCUCCGGCAGCUCAGACUCUGAGUCAGAGACGGAAUCAAAGACAACGCCCGCCAAACCCGCGGUGGCCAACGGGAAGGCAGCCACGCCCAAGACGCCCGCCUCUGCAACUAAGGCACCUGCAAAGAAGGCAGCGGAGUCUUCAUCCUCCAGCGACAGCAGCUCUGAGGAUGAGAAGGAGAGUCCGAAGGCAGUGAAGACGUCCACCCCUGCACCCGCAGUCACAAAAACGUCCACUCCAGCCCCUUCUGCCACGACCAAGGGGGACAGCAGCUCCUCUGACAGUUCGUCAGAAGAGGAGGAGGAGGAGGCAGAGCCAGCAACGGCGGUCACCACACCCACAGUCAACGGCACAAACGGCAAGAGGAAAAGGGACGCAGAGUCUUCAUCAGAAAGUGAGGAGGAGGCUGAAGCGGAGAAGAAAACGCCCAAAGGCCAGAAAGCGACAGCGGUCACCCCACACUCCUUCCCCAAGGCCAAGCAGAAGCAAUCCAAUGCUCCUUUCCGUAGAAUAAGAGAGGAGGAGGUCGAGGUGGAUCCUCGGCUCGCUGACAACUCCUUCAACGCCAAGCUGGGGUCCAACGGAGACUGGGGCCAGAAGGCCAACGACGUGCUCCGUUUCACCAAGGGCAAGUCCUUCCGUCACGAAAAGACCAAGAAGAAGAGGGGCAGUUACCGCGGCGGCGCCAUCUCCACCGGUGUCAAUUCCAUCAAAUUCGACAGUGACUGAAACCCCAGACUUGCUCACCCUCCCUACCUGGACCUGUCUAAUGUGUACCCUCAACACCCCCAAAAAAACAAUCUUGCAGGACAUACUUGAACUUUAGUCAAACCUGGCAGUUCAUUUUGUUAAUGAAUCAAGGGGCUGUUUUUGGUUGUGUGAAAUGGCCUGGAGAUGUAACCGAAGCAGAAAAGACUGAAAUUUCCUCUCCACUUCACUGCACACCCCCCAACCCCCUGUUCCCAAUCAAAUGCCCCAAAUGUCCCACAUUGCCUGUUGCAAGGCUGCACUUACAGCCUGGAGUCAGCAGGUGGUGCUGUUGAGAGAAUUCCGUUCAGAGUUCUGUUUAUUUACUGAUAUGAAAAAGUUUUUUUCCCCCUUUGCUCUAGCCCUUCUAAAAAUUUUAGGAUCAACUUAAAUUGUCCUCAUCAAUUUUUUUCGUGGUCGAUUUGAAAUUGGCUUCAGUUGUAUAUCCAUGUUGAUUUUAUGUCUGAGUUGACAGCAGCUAAUGCUAAUAAGCUAUAUGUAGCGUGCUCAAGGUCUGACUUUUUCCCUUUAGUUUCUUGGAGAAGUUGGGGAUUGUCAUUUGCAGACAGUAACCUGGCCCAUUAGAGGCAUUAUUUAGCUAUUUGUCAUGGUUCAUUCAACCACCCCCCUCCUAGUCAUAAUUUUACAAACGCUUUCAUGUUUUACAAAGGUUUAUAAAUUUAGACCAUCUUGAGAGGAGGACCUUACCGUUUCACUUUGCUCAGAAGCCAUAUUGUCUGUAAAUGUAACUGUGAUGGAUGGUGAGGCUGUUCUAUACUGGAAUAGGCAACAGUGGGGACCCCCUGGUGGUUAGACUGCUUGGUAUCCGUUUCUCUGCACCAAGAUGACAGCCGGUGUUGUGAUUCACCUGCUGUCUCCAGGGGUAUGUGACACCACAUUCAUGCACCACUCACCAGCCCCCCCCCUUUUUUUAAAUUCUGUUCAAAAUUAUAUUCAUUAUAAAAAUUUGUGUUUCUUGUCCUUUUGGGUAUUUUUCUCUGUCUAGUAAGAUGGAAACGUUAUUACUGUGAUUAAAGA